UUCAUUUGGAAUAGCGGAGAGAGAAAGAAAACCAGAAAAUGGCGUUUUUCUGACAUCUCCUCUUUCUCUCUCAAAAAUUCCUCACAAAUUUUCAAACCCUCUUGUUAAUUCUCCGAAAGAAUUAGUCUGUUUUGAAGCGAAUCAACAAAAUAUCAUUUCUCUCUUGCACUUUGAGGAAAUUUCUACAAAUUUUCUGUUUUUUUUUUCUGGAAUUUUCUUCUCAGUUCAGUAUGAAUUCUCUUGGAAUCCAUGGUAAUGUGGUUGAUCUUGAAGAUAUAGAAACAAGACCACCAGUAGUAGUAAGAAGAGUAAGUAGUAGAGUUGUACAUAAAGUAAAGAGAACGGGUUUUUAUGAUGGUUCUGAUAUUGAUAAUGAGAUUUCACCGGUUAAGAAACGAAAGAGAAGUAAAGUGUUAGCUAGGAAAACUACUAUGGCUGGAAAAUCACUGGAAAUGAAGUUGAACAUGUAUAGGAAAGAAGGAGGAGGAGAAGAAGAUGACGGAAAUGAAAUCUCUCCAUCUUCUACUUCUGCGUGUGAUUUAGGGGUUCAGUCUGAUGAUUUUGGUGGUCCGGAGUUUAAACUUGAUUUGACUGGGAAGGAUGAUAAGGAGAAGGUUAAAGAAACUUUGAGGCUUUUCAAUGCUUAUUAUCUUCGCAUUGCUCAGUUAGAAGAGACUCGGUGCGGUAGAGAACAUAAAAGUGGUAAAAGUGGUUCAAAAGAUGCUCCAAAGAAAGGGUCUGAAGUUAAGAAGGGAAAAGGGUGCGGAAGGGGAGGGAAGUCUGGGACUGCAAUGAGACCAGACCUCAAGACAAUAACAAAGAUGAUGCAGACCAAGACUAUUUUGUUCCCAGAAAAGCAAUUUGGAGCUCUUCCAGGUGUUGAAGUUGGGCAGCAGUUCUUGGCGCGGUGUGAGAUGGUUGCACUUGGUCUGCAUGGUCACUGGAUUAAUGGAAUUGACUACAUGUCAACGUCCUACGCAGAUAAGGAAAAGUACAAAGGCUACACUUUUCCGCUGGCAGUAUCGAUUGUUAUAUCAGGGCAGUAUGAAGAUGAUGUGGAUAAUGCCGACGAUGUAGUUUAUACUGGUCAAGGUGGAAAUGAUCUUAAGGGUAGUGGGCAACAAUCUGGGAACCAAAAGUUGCUUCGUGGGAACUUGGCGCUCAAGCACAAUGUCGACAACCAUGUCCCUGUGAGAGUAAUCCGUGGGCAUAAAUCAAAACAUAGUCUAUGCGGAAAGGUUUACACGUAUGAUGGCUUGUACAAGGUAGUUAAUUACUGGGCUGAGAAAGGUAUUUCUGGAUUCACUGUUUAUAAGUUUCGCUUGAAACGGCUUGAGGGGCAGCCUCCAUUGACAACCAAACAGGUCACUUAUUCUAGAGGACAUGUUCCCAAUUGUAUUUCAGAAUUACGUGGGUUGGUUUGCAAUGACAUAAGUGGUAAAAAGGAAGCUAUUCCAAUUCCAGCCACCAAUUUAGUUGAUGAUCCUCCUGUUCCACCUACAGGGUUUAGAUAUUGCAAAUCUAUUGAACUUGCCGAAAACGUGAAUCUUCCUACAAGAGCCUCUGGGUGCGGAUGCGAAGGGGCUUGUACAGAUCCUAGUAUUUGUGAUUGCGCAAAGCUCAAUGGUGCUGAUUUUCCAUACAUUCGCAGGGAUGGUGGCAGACUCGUGAUAGCCAAGUCAGUUGUCUAUGAAUGUGGACCGAAGUGUGGCUGUGGCGAUGGCUGCGUAAAUAGAACUUCCCAAAAUGGAUUGAAGUACCGAUUUGAGGUAUUUCGAACACCAAAAAAAGGAUGGGCCGUGAGAUCUUGGGAUUUUAUUCCAUCUGGUUCCCCUGUAUGUGAAUACACGGGCAUACUGAUGAGGACUGAGGAUAUAAACAACGUUACGGAGAAUAAUUAUAUUUUCGAUAUUGAUUGUUUGCAGACCAUGAUUGGUCUUGACGGAAGAGAGCGGCGCUUAGGAGAUGCUGCUACACAUCCUCAUGUCGAAGUUGAUGACAAGAAGUUAGAAAGUGUGCCCGAGUUCUGUAUAGAUGCAGGCCAAGUUGGCAAUGUUGCAAGGUUCAUCAAUCACAGUUGUGAUCCCAAUUUGUUUGUCCAGUGCGUGUUGAGCUCCCAUCAGAAUGUUAAACUUGCUCGAGUCAUGCUAUUUGCUGCAGAAAAUAUACCUCCAUUGCAGGAGCUUGCGUAUGACUACGGGUACCCAAUAGGUAGCGUAUUGGAUGCGGAAGGCAAUGUUAGGGAAAUGGCAUGCCACUGUGGUGCAGAUAAAUGUAGAAAGCGUCUAUUUUAGACUUUUUAGUAGCAGAACCCCAAGCAUUUCUCUCUUCCAUACUGACAGUACUUCCUCAGACAGUUUUCACCUGUAUAUGCUCAUAUAAUAAUCCUUUUCUUUUUGACAUAGAAAGGGGUAGCGACCCUUUUGUGUUUUCUGAUUUUGAUGGGAGAGCUAAGGGGUUGUAGGGCCAAUUUUUCUUUGUAGAUCAGUUUCUGCGUGCCACUGAUGGAACUCAGCUGACUUCCAAUUUUUGUUGACAAAAGAUGUUGUUAGCUCAGUAGGUUAUGUUUUUUUGGAAGUCAGUAGGUAGGUUAUGUCAGGUCUUUGAAUUAGUUUAACCCUUUUUUGCACUAGAUGAUUUUCCUAUGUACAUGUCAGGUUAAAUUUAAUUCUAUUACAUGAAACCCUGCAUAACCACCAGGUCCGCAUUAGUAG